ACAAGACACAAUACGACACAAAACUUUGGUAUAGGUUUCAAUAUUUAGGGUUUGUGAAAGGGUUUAAGCUUUUUCAUUCACACUACCAUUGCCACUCCUCAAUCAUGGCUUUCAAAACUAACCUAAACGAAAACGAAAAAGAACAAGUUCCGUACACAGUAGAACAACCAGAAGUAGAAGACGAUGACGAUGACGACGAAAUGGAAGAAGAAAAGUGGGACGAAUGGGAAGGAGACGAAGGAGGUUCAGACUCUCAAUUCGUCUGUCUCUUCUGUGAUUCUAAUUACAGUUCGUCCAGUUCUUUGUUCCAACAUUGCGCUUCCGAUCACCACUUUGAUUUUCAUUCCGUUAGAAAUUCUCUUAAUUUGGAUUUCUAUGCUUCCUUUAAGCUCAUUAAUUACAUUCGCUCUCAGGUGGCAGAGAGCAGAUGUUGGAGUUGUGGGUUAUCUUGUCAGUCCAAACAUGAUUUGCAGAAUCACUUGCAUGAUGUAAUUGACUUCAAUGGUAUUAAGCCUUUGUGGGAUGAUGAUAGAUAUCUAAAACCUUUCAUGCAAGAUGAUUCAUUGCUGUGCAACUUUGGUGAAUACGAAGAAGUUGAAGAUGAACAAAUUUCUAUCACGGAUGAAGAUCUCCUGAGGGAAUUGAAGAAUAUUAAAGAAGCUUAUGGUGAUGAUCUAGAUGCCGUGAAAAGUUUAGUAGCUAAUGGUUUUUUUAGAAGAAACGAGGCCACUUCUGUUUCGGAUGAUCAUUCAAACCAUGCUAGUUCUUCAGAUAAGGAACUUAUUAAUGGGAAGGGCUCAAGAUCAUGUGUUUCAUUAAUAGGUAAAGAACCAGAAGAAGGGUCUUUGAUGGGUAAUCCUCAAAAUCACAUUGCAAAGCAUAUUAAGAAGGUUAAUGAAAGUUAUUUUGGGUCUUACAGUUCAUUUGGCAUCCAUCGGGAGAUGUUAAGCGAUAAGGCUAGAAUGGUUGCCUAUGGCCAAGCAAUUUUGAAGAAUCCCUCUCUGCUAAAUGGUGCCGUGGUUAUGGAUGUAGGUUGUGGAACUGGCAUCCUCAGCCUUUUUGCAGCUCAAGCAGGGGCUUCGAGGGUCAUUGCAGUUGAGGCUAGUGCCAAGAUGGCAGAAGUGGCAUCUCGGGUUGCAAAAGAUAACGGUCUCUUGCUGAGUAAAAGCCAACCUGAAGUCAACGGCAACCACAAAGGAGUUGUAGAAGUGGUUCAUGGCAUGGUUGAAGAAAUUGACAAAAUUGUUGAAAUUCAACCUCAAAGUGUUGAUGUAUUGUUAAGUGAAUGGAUGGGAUAUUGCUUGUUGUAUGAGUCCAUGCUUGGUUCAGUGCUUUAUGCGCGUGAUCGGUGGCUGAAGCCUGGGGGUGCCAUUCUUCCUGACACAGCAACAAUGUUUGUUGCUGGAUUUGGAAAAGGCGGUACCAGUCUUCCAUUUUGGGAGAACGUCUGUGAUUUUGACAUGUCUUGCAUUGGGAAGGAGCUUGUGACAGAUGCUGCCCAAUAUCCUAUAGUUGAUGUCAUAGACCAUCAAGAUUUAGUUACCAGUUCGACUAUUCUUCAGAACUUUGACUUGGCUACCAUGAAGCACAAUGAUGUUGAUUUCACUGCAACAGCUUCUUUGGAACCAAAACUGAGUGUUUCAGAAAACGGAAAAACAAAUUUGAAUUCUAAAACAUGUUGCUGGUGUUAUGGAGUUGUCCUAUGGUUUGAAACUGGAUUUACAAGUAGGUUCUGCCGGGAAACACCAGCUGUGCUGUCAACAUCCCCUUACACUCCAAAAACACAUUGGUCGCAAACGAUCUUAACUUUCCAUGAACCCGUUGCCAUUGGAUUGGGCGAAGAAAAUGAGGGAAACCCGGAAACGAUUGGCACUGAAGUCUACCCUGCUGUGAAGAUUGAUUUGCGUGUCAGCAUCGUCCGUUCUACUGAGCAUCGCAGCAUUGACAUUUCCAUGGAAGCUGCUGGUGUUGGUCCGGAUGGUCAGAGACGCAGUUGGCCUGCUCAACUUUUUUCUCUGCAGUAGGAUGCAAUGCAUCACAUGCAACACAAUUUUGGAAUGUUUUUGUUUUAUUCCCUAAGAUAUUGGUUUUUAUUUUUAUUUAUUGGAAAAGAGCCACUUGUACUUGGUAUUCACUAUUCUGUGAGCAAGAAUUUUCUGUGCUGUUGUUUAGUUUGAUAUUAAAAUGUGAAAUUGAGAACUAUAGCCUCUUUUGCAUCAAUUAAUUUUUUUUUU